AUGAAACUAAGGUUCCCUCUACAGUCAAUAGAGUCAUCAGGAUUCAAUGAAGUAGUGCAAAUUGAUCAUCGGAAGAUCUGCAUGACAGCCACGGGCUACAAUCAGGUGCUGGUAAUGAUCGAUCAUUUCACGAACUAUGCAGAGGCAGCCCCCUGCAUGACAGCAUCGGCGGAAGAAACAUGCGAUUACUUGAUAAAUGUGCGGAUAGCGAGGAACGGCUGCCCCAUCACAUUCCAAUCGGAAAAUGGCCCAGCGUUCGUGGGUGAUCUCACGAAGGAGUUAAUGAAGAAGUCGCAGGUGGCACAGGCCCACUUGACAACUUAUCACCCACAAACGAAUGGCCUAGUUGAAAGGCAAAAUUGCACGCUGGUAUCCAUGUUGAGAAAUUAUUGCUUACGCUACAUGAAUGACUGGGAUAGACACUUGUCGCAAGUAAUGGGCGCUUACAACAGCACAGAUCAUUCCACCACGGGGAUAAGUCCGCACAUGAUGCUAACUGGUCAUGAAACCGUUGACCUACCGUUGACGUUCUUCUAA